AUGUUCAAAACAAUCAGCGACAUGCUAUCUUUGGAUCUUUUUUUGGAGCUAAUAUUUUUGCUUUUCGGCAUUUCUAACCUGAUCCAAGGUCCUCUCGGCAUUCUGAAUCUCCAACACCAUUGGUGGUUCCGUCUUCGGAGUCGUCAGAAGCCUCCACUUCUAGGUGGCCUAGGAGAGGACACUGCUUGUAAUCUCCUCUGGAUGUACAACACAUCGAGAAUUCCCACUCUUACCAAAAUUUUUUCUUUUCCUUCUCCCGAGUUGGCAAGUAAUUUCUCUCAUCACCCGAUCUAUUCUCAGACAGAUUAUUUCAGAAUAUGUUACGAAACAGAAUCCAUCCAUUAG